CGGAAGUGUGUGCCUCAGUGCUGAGGAUGGUCGGACGGUGCCGGAUACAUGGAGGAGGAGGAUCCCAAUCACAAUCACUGGCAGCUGCGGCCCGACUGCUCCCCGGCCCCGGAGCUCUGCCGGAGAGGACGGAACGGGGGUGCGAGGAGCAGCGGCCUCCCCGGGAUCAGCUCCAGCGCCAACAAGUUCCUGAUGAACGUUAUCACGGUUGAUGACUAUAAGAAGACGUAUUGGCCGAAGCUGGAGAGCGCCAUCGAUCAGCUGCUGACGCAGAGUCCUGGCGACUAUAUUCCCAUCUCCUACGAGCAGAUCUACAGCUGCGUCUACAAGUGUGUGUGCCAACAGCACUCCGAGCAGAUGUACAGCGACCUCAUGUGCAAGAUCACCCGCCACCUGGAGACCGUGUCCUUGGUGUUGCAGGCGGCCCCCCCGGAGCAGUACGUGGAGAGGUUCAGCCUCGCCCUCGACCAGUAUAUGGGGGCUCUGCACAGCAUCGUCCCCCUUUUCAUCUACAUGAACAAGUUUUACAUCGAAACCAAACUGAACCGAGACCUGAAGGACGACCUCCUGCGGCUCUUCACCACCCACGUGGCCGAGAAACACAUCUACAGCCUGCUGCCACUGUUACUGGAGGCGCAGUCCACACCGUUCCAGAUCACUCCGUCCACCAUGGCGAGCAUCGUGAAGGGGCUGUACACCCUGCGGCCAGAAUGGGUCCAGCUCGCUCCAGCGCUUUUCUCCAAGUUCAUCCCCAAUAUUCUGCCAGCGGCCAUGGAGUCCGAGCUGCAGGACUACGCAGCGCAAGACCAGAAGCUGCAGCGAGACCUCAUGCAGAAUGGAUUCAACAGAGGUGACCAGUCCCGGAAAAGAGCGGGUGAUGAGUUGGCCUAUAACGGCUCGAGCAGCAGUUCUCAGAGUUACAGAUGAGCUGGAUUCUUCUACUCCUCCUGCGCAGCAGUGGUUGAACCUACUGGACUGAGUGCUGAGGCUUCUGUGGAGCCAUGCGGACUGUUGACGAGCAUUAGGCUUUUCUGGCUGUAUAUACAUAGGAACAUAUUCAUAUAUAUAUAUAUUUUUAAGACUUGAACUCUUGCUGCUAACAGAAGGGUGAAAAACUGUGAGCCUGUGAUCUCCCGACCCACCGUUCCGUACUCCUGAUACCUGGCUCAUUUCACCAGCUAUUUCAUUUGUAUAAAAAUU